GAAGAGGAAAGCGUGGAUCUGCCUUGUCAUUGCAAUCACAGCGACAGAAACGCGUGGUCAGCAGCUGCACCGCCACACAACUGGUGAAUGCUGGUGUUUGUAACUGCACUAUAAAAACGAUAUGGAUACCGAACAGAGCGGUGAGGUUGUGGAAGUAUCAGCCUCCCCACAGCAAGAGAGUGAAAUCCAGAACGAAGUCAUGUCCAAAAUGGAGAGUGCAGAUGAGACUGAGACACCGGUUGCUCCUGUUACUACAAACGGAGACGAUGAACACGUUAAUGGCCGCUCGGAGGUUGAAGUUGAGAAUGGCGUCGGUAAAGAAGAAGCAGAGAAGGUAGAAGACAAUGCUAAAAUGGAGGAUGGUGUUCCCCAAGAAGAUCCAAAAGAAGAGCCGGGAUCAGCCGUCUCUGAUAAGGAAAAGAUAGUAGCAGAUGUGGGUGAUGAUAGGAACCAGCCUGAACAAGAGGAGACACAGGUUAAGGCAGAGGCACCUGUAAACGAAGCCAUACCUGAGCCAGCUAUUUCACCAGAGCCUGUAGAAACACAACCACCAAAAGAGGAGGAAAAAGUGAUUGAGAAUGUUGAAGUUCAGAAAGAAAAAGUAGAAGCUGAAGAGAAAAAAGGAGAGGCUGAGACAAAGAAGGAAGAAGACAAGAUGGCCGAAGUGGCCAUGGCAGCUGGAGAUAAGGAGGCUAAAGAAGAGGUCAAGGAAAAAUCAGAUACAGUUGAAGCGGAGGUGGCCCCAACAGCAGCAGCAGCAGCAGCAGUAGAAGAAGAAAAGGUUAAAGAGCCAGAAGAAGACCCAACUCCUGCAGCUGGCUCGCUUGCAUUCGCAAUUUUGGAGCAGGACAAAACCAAAAAUGCAUUUACAACUGCCCGUACCUUGGUUGUUCUUAGAGGGCUGCCCGGAAGCGGCAAAUCAUUCCUCGCCCGCGCCAUUGCUGAAGCUUACAAAGACCAGUGCUCGAUCAUAUGCGCAGAUGACCAUAACGUGAAACCGGGCAGUGCAGACGGUUACAAAGCUUUCGAUGACGCGAUUGUAGCUAAGAGUAGCGGUGAAACAUCUCCAGUGCUUAUCGUGGUGGAUGACACAAAUCACACCCAUGAUCGGUUGGCGCAUUUGCGGGGAAUUGCCAAACAGCACCGGCUUGUGGCGGUAUUCCUGGAACCCCUUACGGAGUGGAGGAGAGACACGGCACAGCUGACCAAAAAGACCAAAAGAGGGAUCGAGCAGGCCAAAUUAGAGGCUAUGAAAAAGCUUCACGUGGAAAUGUCAAUUCCUCUGUAUUUUGGGUGGCUUCUUUUCUACACAGUUCAGGACCAAGUCAGAGAGACGGCGACUAAGUUUCUCAAAACCCUGGAGGUACUGGAGAGCUUCAAGAAACACAUAAGUGACUUCAGUGGGAAGGAGGAGGCGAAGGAGGUGGACCUGGAGCAGUACUUCAAAGCCAAAGGAACUCUCCACUGCACCACAAAGUUCACAGACUACGGCAAAGCAGAGGGCGCCAAAGAGUACACGGACAAACAAGUUGUGCAGGAUCUGUACGGCUCUGUCUCCGACCUGUCCCUGAGCGCUCUCUUCAUCACUCCACGCACGGUUGGCGCCCGCGUGUCCCUGUCUGAGGAUCAGCUUCAGCUUUGGCCCGCCGACGCAGAGAAAGAGGCGGAAUCUGAGGUCCCGGGCGCUGGAGCUUUACCCCUCGGCAGCCGCGCCCAUGUCACUCUGGGUUGUGCCGAUGGCGUUCAGCCCGUUCAAACCGGCUUCGACCUCCUCCAAAUCAUUAUGCUCCAGAAAGACGGCCAGCAGGGGGAGCAAGUGGACAUCGACCCAGGCACGCUCACCUACUAUGGAGAAGGAAGGUGGUAUCUCGCCCUCAAAGAGCCAAUCAGCGCUACGGCUUGCUUCUCCAGUAUCUAUAAACCACCUGCACCUGGGCUAGUUAAAAAGGAGAAAAAGAAGCCGAAAUGCACCAUUCUUUAAAACACGGGAACCGAAUAUUACCAGCCUCCUAGCAUAACUUCCCAAGUAUUUCUCAUUCUACUCCCAAAACCCUGCUGCAGUUACAUGCACACUCAAAAUCAGAAUAUUAUCAAGUUAUACGACGAUUAAAAUGAUAUGCAAAAAUCACCUAAUUCUUUCUGAUUCUGGUCCCUCUGAUUACCCAGAUCAAAUUUUGCAGUUUUAAAGUGACUAAAGUAAUCUUAAAGCCCCGCAAAUCAGAUGAGUCAGAUUUUGGUGUGCUUGUCCCUGCAGCUAUUGUAGGCCUGUCACAAUAACAUUAUGAAGUGUUCAUAUUAUUGAGGAAUUGAAAUUGAAUUUAUGUGCUGACACAGUGACACUAAAGCGGAUUGUACGAAAAAUAUUAUUCGUGUUCGUUAUUUUAAAAAAAGAGCUGCACUGAAUAAGUGACAGAAAUGAAACACUUCAGUAGGUACUUUGUACACAUGAGUCAUAGUGAAAUUAAUUAUACAACCCUCUAUACAGCUCAUAUCUUUUCAUGGAACAGAAAACUAACAUUGUUUCCUGCUGCUAUGACAAACUACCAGAGAAACUUUGAGCCCUAAAAAUUGUUUAUUGAGUGAUAAGUUGCUGUAGUAAUUAUUGUGACAGGCUGAUGUCACUGGCUCCAUCUUCGGUCAAUCAGAAAGCCUUUUACAGCCAAAAAAACAAAACAAAAACCGGCCCAGUCACCUUAUUCUCAUAGAUUUGUUUUAUUUUUUUCUAGAAACCUUAAAAAAUAACUUGGGUAAUUAUGCUACGAGGCUAACGAUAUGUGAACAUUUGUGGAAGGCUAGUGAGUUUGUGCAACUACAUCCAAAAAGCCAAACCAGGAAAUGUGCCUUUGUCAGUGAUUUGCACCACAACCUCAGAUGCCUUUUCUACCAUUUUCAGGCUUGUUAAAACUUAAUCAGUAUCUUGUCACAUAGGCCUGUCAUAACACAUUUUGAAUCACGAUACAUCGAAGUAUACUGCGAUAAAUGAUGAUAUUGAAAAUACUUUGCGCCUCUAACCUAAUCUUGCAUUAUUAAAAAUUCAGAAACCACCCCAUUGUUGCAACAAACGUAUACACAAGACAAAUAUUGAACUCCAAAAUUGUUUUCAGGCGAUAUAGUAAUUAUUGUGACAGGCCUAUUGUUACAUCUAGCGAGUGUUGUGAGCUGCAAUUUUGGUACUAAAUAACAACUGCGUAACUCCUAACCAUAGAUAACCCCAGUCCCACCCAUUUUCACAAUAUUACUCUGCUAGUUAGAAACUGUUAUAGCAUAAUGGUCAAGCAUUUACAACUACAUAUUUAGCUCUCUGCCUCGUAGAUAAUUCUCGUGUACGCUAGUGGUCAACGCAAUUCAAGAUAUGUGAUUUUCAUGGCAGCUUAGAAAGUGACUUAACUGUAGCAUAUGGGCCAAAGUUGAGUGGAUAAAUGUAUUUGAAGGACCUUAUGAUGUUGUAGGAACUCGUGUGGAGUGUUUGCACUGCGUAGUCAAAAAAGGGACUUUUUUGAUUCCUUUAGUUGCAACAGUGAACGCUAAUGAAAUUGUGAUGUCCUUAAAUUUCAGUGUUUUGCAAUGUUUUGUACUGCUUGAGAAACUGCACGAUACAUACAUAGACGCAUUGGAUGUUUUUUUUUAUACUUUCUGAACACCACUGCUAUGUUGUAUUACUGUCACUAAUUCAAAAGGUGAGGCCUUCUUUGUGUAGCUCUUAUCACUCUUUUUGCACUUGUUUUGUACACUUAAUAAAUAAAAAGAAAUGAAUUUGCUCUGA